UAUCCUUUGGGUGGUCUAAAGUGCUGAUAUAUUUCAUAAUAUUUAAAAAUAUCCAUAACGAGGGGAAAAAACAUAAAAUAAAAUACAAUGUAUCUCAAAUUUCUGCAUUAGAGCAGCGCCCUGGCGGGUGGAAGGCGAUUGGUUCUGCUGUCAGGAAAUUAAUCCGGGAACGGAAUAAUGUCCCUCACAUGGGCAUCGACCCCCUUAACAGCGACCAAGGGGAGGCUCCGUUUAAAAAGUCACUAAUGUGGCGUAAAGAGGCUCAGUCGGCAUCGGAUGCUCAGAGCGAGCCGGUCAGCUGCCGGAAGGAUGGCCGAGAAAGGAAAACUUUGUAACGGGGCGGAAAACGGCAUUUUUAAGGUAGAAGAUGCCAACCAUUAUCAUAUCAUGUCUGUGUACGACACCAAACACACAGGAGAGAUGCAAUCCAUCAAAGAAAGCAACGCCGACAACGAUCGCAACAAACUGGCUUAUGCCGUAACCGACGUACCUCCCUGGUACCUCUGCAUACUUUUGGGAAUUCAGCAUUAUCUGACCGCCCUGGGUGGGCUCGUCGCCAUCCCGUUAAUCCUGUCCAAAGAUCUCUGCCUGACGCACGAUCCUCUAACGCAAUCCCACCUGAUAAGCACCAUCUUCUUCGUGUCCGGAAUCUGCACCCUUCUCCAGGUUCUCUUUGGAGUCAGGCUCCCGAUCCUGCAGGGAGGGACGUUUACUUUCCUGACCCCGACUCUGGCCAUGCUGUCUUUACCGAAGUGGAGAUGCCCGGAAUGGACACAAAACGCCACCAUGGUGAAUGCCACGUCGCCGGAGUUUGUAGAGCUUUGGCAGUCGAGGAUAAGGGAGGUUCAGGGGGCCGUCAUGGUCGCUUCCUGUUUUCAAAUAUUCGUGGGAUUUUCGGGACUGAUUGGGUUCCUCAUGAGGUUCAUCGGCCCUCUGACCAUCGCUCCCACCAUCACCCUCAUCGGACUGCCUCUCUUUGAGUCUGCGGGGAGAGACGCCGGAACGCACUGGGGCAUUUCCGCCAUGACAACGUUUUUCAUAGUUUUAUUUUCUCAGUAUCUGAGAAACGUGCCUUUGCCGGUCCCGUCUUACUCCAGAGCUAAGAAAUGCCACAUCUCCAAGGUCUACCUCUUUCAGAUCUUUCCAGUGCUGCUCGGAAUUUCCAUCUCUUGGCUCAUUUGCUUCAUCUUGACGUUCACCAACGCCCUUCCUUCCAAGCCUGACAGCUAUGGAUACUUUGCUCGCACGGAUGUUAAGGGAGAUGUCCUAUCCCAAGCUCCGUGGUUCCGCUUCCCUUACCCAGGACAGUGGGGGCUGCCAACUAUCAGCUUUGCUGGAGUAUUUGGGAUCUUAGCCGGCGUGAUUUCAUCCAUGAUCGAGUCCGUCGGGGAUUACCACGCGUGUGCGCGUCUGUCCGGGGCACCCCCUCCUCCGAAACACGCCAUUAAUAGAGGCAUAGGGAUAGAAGGGAUCGGGUGUCUUCUGGCCGGAGCUUGGGGCACUGGAAACGGAACCACCUCCUACAGCGAGAACGUUGGUGCGUUGGGAAUCACCCGCGUUGGAAGUCGAGCGGUUAUCGUUUCGGGAGGAAUUCUGAUGCUGCUGAUGGGGGUUUUCAGUAAAAUCGGUGCGGUAUUUGCCACUAUUCCCACCCCAGUGAUAGGAGGGAUGUUCCUGGUGAUGUUUGGGGUAAUCGCUGCUGUAGGAAUCUCUAAUCUGCAGUUUGCAGAUAUGAAUUCCUCAAGAAACAUAUUUAUAGUUGGGUUUUCUAUUUUUGCCGGGCUUACAAUUCCCAACUGGGUUAAUAAAAAUACAGAACUUUUGCAAACAGGAAUUGUUCAGCUGGACCAAGUGAUUUUGGUGCUUUUAACCACCGGCAUGUUCGUUGGUGGAUUCUUUGGGUUUUUUCUGGAUAACACCAUACCAGGUACCAAAGAAGAACGAGGAAUAAACGCAUGGAAUAAAGUCAACGGUGAAGAGUCAGACGAAUGCCCGGACGUCAGCGAUGUCUACGACCUUCCUUUUGGAAUCGGCACCAAGAUCUGCUCGCCCCCCUGGAUCAGAUACAUCCCGUUCUGCCCGAAACCCGCAAAGCAAAACUUUGCCGUUGCCCAAGAAAACGGGCACUUAGAAAAAUACGCAGAGAACCACCUCUGAACAUGUAUGACUUAUAUCUACACCCCGUGGCACAAAAGGACCGCGUGAAUACCGCUCUUGGCAUUGUGUCCUUGGACAGCUCCGUAAAGUCUGGCGGCUGACUCGAAACCUUGGCAUCUGGAUCCAAAACACUGAAAAUAAUGUAUUUUCCGCCGUCCUUCAAGUGAAGUUAUUCCAGAUUUGGUUUAAAAAAACCCCCAAAAAAUAAAUAAAAACCGAAAGCAACAAUUUAAAAAAAAAAAUAAUAUAAUUUUAAUGAGAAGAGAAAUAAUAUUUAUACGCUUUUCUUCAUGAUGUUAUCGUAUAAACCCCUUUGUCCUACGUGUUCCCGUUUAUGGGUUUUCUUGAUGGGGGGGGAAAAAGAUCAAAAUCCUGCCGUUGGCAACAAGGUUCGAUGAACUGUGGAUUCUAAAUUAGAAUUCUUUCGACGCUCGGGUUCUAAGACCCGACCCACGAUAUCCCAGAGAAACGUGGCUGUCGGGGGGUGAAGAGGAUGGCUGGUGUAGCGAGAGGGAUGCUGCCUUUCCAUGUAUAUCUUGCUCUCGUUAAACUGUUUAUUCCUCAACAAUCACUAGAGAUGUUUCAUAAGCGAAGGUUUGCCCUCAAUCGCCUGUUUUGGAAUAAACUGUAUCCAAAAGA